AUGCUUGCUGCCAUUAAAGCCUUUGACCGCCAUACCUUGCCUGUGGUUCUCAAAUCUUGUGCUGGAUUAUUGGAAUUGAAGCUUGGACAGCAAGUACAUGGAGCCAUUUUGGUUAAUGGGUUUGCCUUAGAUUUGGCCAGUUUGAAUGCGUUGAUCAGCAUGUAUGCUAAAUGUGGUGAUUUGGCUGGUAAGCGUAAAGUGUUUGACAGAAUGCUCAUAAGAAAUGAGAUUUCUUGGUCGGCAAUUUUGGCCGGGAUGGAGGCAGGAGAGAGGUCAGAUGUGGUGACAUUCACUACAGUUUUGACAGCGUGUAGUCAUGGCGGAUUAACAGGCAAGAGGAGGGAAUAUUUUGAAAUUCUGGGGAGCAUAGGUUCGGGGCAGGGUGGGACGGGUGGAGGAGGCAGAGGAGUUGGUUUGGGGAUGACAGUGGAACCAGAUGAGGCAUUAUGGGGUGCGUUGUUGGGCGCUUGUAGGAUUCAUGGGAAGGUAGAGGUAGCUGAGAGAGUGGAACAGAUGCUUUAUGGAAGACGACUUUCUGUAGCAUCUCUAUCAGGCAUUUACAGUGAAGUGCUUGCAAAAGGUCAUCAGGAACAGAUGGAACAGAUUAUAGAUGGAUGUCCUGUCUCUACCAUUGUUAAAGCAUAUUAG